AUGGCCUCUCGUUGGCCUGAAAUUCUCCUCCUCUGCUUGAUCGCAGCUGCCAGUGGCAAUUGGAUCCUCUUUCUGACGACUGGUGGCCUCCAAGAACUGUCUGAGGAAGACAUCAAGAGCUACAUCGCAGAGGACUUGCGUGCUGCCACCCACUUCACAUCCAUCCCAUGGCUGGAUGCCAUGCUAAAGCAGAAUACUCUGGUGAAUGUUGUGCUUCUCACUGCUUCGUCGCCCAUCAGUGCCCAAACACGGCCCAUGAUGGCUUUUUUGCUUGAGGACAUGACCGUGGCUAUCGCAGUGCUGGUGAGAAGCUUACAGCGCCGCGAAUUGACAUCUGCGAUGAGGCUGGCACUGCUUCUGUUCUGGCUUGCCUUGACGGCCAACCUGACUUCGGCCUUUGUUCUGCCUCUUUAUAGUCUUGUGCACCUGAGAAGUCUCACAGGAGACAACACCUCUCGCAUCACUGCUCGAAGACUGGAUGGGGUUACAAGCACGUUCGGCGCACUGAUAGGAUUUGGACUUCCGGCUUUUAUGUCCCUAGAUCCUUUGCAGCACGGCGCAUACUCUCAACUCCGAUGGAUAGCCGUGUCUACUGCGUUUCCGAUGUGCGUCACUGUGGUUGAGUGUUUUCGUCACGCUAUGUACUACGCCAUUCCCGCCAAUGGUCAUGUCACUCUUCCAAAAGGCAUCAGGGUGGCAGAUGCGAGAAACGCAUUCCUUCUAUUGGGAUCAGGUGCAGCGACAGCCCACGUCCUGACACGGAGACGUUUCUCACUCGGAAUUGGAGAAGUUCUGGUGCCCACGCAACGGCUGGACAUGGCAGCACACGAAAAGUUUGGCAAACUCAUGGCUUUCAUGCAAGCUGACUGCAUUUUGACUAAUGCCUGGAUGAUACUCUUGGCGAUCAUAGUCUCAACUGGUCAGUAUCACAAGAAGUGGUAUAUGAAUUGCCUAUCGAUCGGCGUGAGUACCUGGGCAAUUGGACCGGGUGCAACUUUCGCAUUCGUGUGGGCACUGCGGGAAGGAGAUAGCGAAGGAAUCUCAACGUCUGUAACGAAAUCAACCGCGAGAUAA